UGUAAGUACAACAACAACGAAUGUGUUUCCGUCAUCAUUUAAUCAUCCUGAGAAAAUUUGAUGUAUAGUAUAAAUUUAUCUAAAAUCAUAUUUAUAUUGUCCACCAAAUAUUACUUCAAUAGCAUUAAAAAAUAAGCACAAAGUAAUAUUACCGAUUUUAAUGUGAUAUCAGCAUUUUAAACACUUGUAUUGAAAAAGAAAUAAUCAAUAACUGCUGUAGAAAAGUGGAGUAUAAAGAUUUGGAAUUCCAAUACAAUUCUAAUUGGCUUUGAGAGAUGCUCUUUUAAUAAACAAAAGCACCUGAAUUAAGUGCCCACGUAAAAUAAAAAUAGCACAAUGUCGUCAACAAUUAACUCUGACAGUGUUAAUCAAACAAUGGAGAACUUACAAGCUGAAAUUGAUAGACUAUCCAGAGAACUUGACCAGGCCAGCAGCGAAAAGAUUCAAUCUGCCCAAUAUGGUUUAGUUUUAUUGGAAGAAAAAGGGCAACUCCAAAUUCGAUGUGAAGAACUCGAAACACUUUACGAUAAUACAAAACAUGAACUGGAUAUAACUCAAGAAGCAUUAGCUAAAUUCCAAACAUCACAAAAAGUAACAACGAAAACUGGUAUUGAACAGGAAGAUGCCCUUCUGAAUGAAUCUGCAGCUAUUGAAACGUCUUUAAAUUUGCAAAUUCUCGAACUGGAGAACGAAGUAAAACAACUUCGACAUGAACUUGAACGUGUUACAAAUGAACGCGACAGAAUGCUUCAAGAAAAUUCCGAAAUCGGUCGUGAUAAAUCUGAUACAGAAGCUGAAAAAUUAAGAAUAAAAGCUGAAUUGAAAGAAUUAAAAUAUCGAGAAACCAAAAUGUUAAGUGAAUAUUCUGAACUAGAAGAAGAAAAUAUAUCAUUGCAAAAACAGGUAUCAAGUUUAAGAAGUUCUCAAGUAGAAUUUGAAGGAGCUAAACACGAAAUCAGGCGACUUAGCGAAGAAAUUGAACUACUGAAUUCGCAAGUUGAAGAAUUCGCAAAUUUAAAAAAAAUUGCUGAAAAACAGAUGGAAGAAGCUCUCGAGGCAUUACAAGCUGAACGUGAAGCUAAAUAUGCCUUGAAGAAGGAGUUGGAUAAUCAUAUCAAUCGUGAAUCAAUUUUCAAUAUAAAUAGUUUAGCAAAUAGUAUUCGAUUAGAAGAGUCAUCGGGGAAUAGCGACGGUGAAGAAGAAAGUCUUGCUUUAAAACGUUUCGAAGCUGACUUAGGUGAUUUAAAAACUCCGGAUGGAACAAAAGUAGAUCUUUUUUCAGAAAUUCAUUUGAAUGAACUGAAAAAACUUGAAAAGCAAUUAGAAUUUCUUGAAAAUGAAAAAACUAAUUUAACCUCAAGCUUACGCGAUGCCCAAACAAAUCUCGAUAAAAGUCAAAGUGAAAUACAAAAUUUCAUGUCAAGAAUUGCAUUGCUUGCGGCACAUGUCGAUUCCUUAGCUCACUUGAAAAAACAAAUAGAAGGUAAUAUCAAUCAGAAUCCAGAUAAAUCUCCAGAAGACAAAAUAGCGGAUAAUUUGCGCAAAAAUCUCUCAUAUUAUAGUAAUUGGUUCACACUCAGUUCAAAAGAAGUUGAAACUUUAAAAGCUGACAUAAACGAGCUAUCAAAUGGUAUAAAUUUUUCAGACGCCAUGGUUAAUCUUCGUAAUGAAAUAACAAAUUUGAAAAAUAAAUUAUUAACUACAGAACAAAAAUCACUAGAAUUACAAAAUGAUGUUCAAACAUUAACUAGUAUCUCACAACAAGCCGGCCAAAGUCUUAAUUCCGCCAGAAAUACCCUUUUAGGUCUUUCAGAAGACCUAGCUCAGUUAUAUCAUUUAGUUUGCACUGUAAAUGGCGAAACUCCAACACGUGUGCUCUUAGAUCAUAAGACUGAAGAUAUGGAAAAUGAUUCUUUAACUGCCAUUCAGUCGCAAUUCAGAUCAGACAUAUUUAUUACAAGCUUUAGUUCUGUUGAAGAUCUACAAGCUCUAGCUGAUUCAUUUGAAAUCAAAAAACAUAUAGAUACUAUUAAUGAUCAAGUUAAAUAUCUAAAAACCGCCGUUGAACAUACGAUCGAUCUAAACAGAAACAAAACAAGAAGUAAUCUAUCUGAAGAUAAAGAAAAUCGCGAAGAAAUUGAAGAAUUGCAAGAACAAAUCAUCAAACUUAAGAGCCUUUUAUCCACAAAACGUGAACAAAUCGCAACAUUACGUACCGUACUUAAAUCUAAUAAGCAAACAGCGGAAAUUGCUUUGAAAAGUUUGAAAUCAAAAUAUGAAAAUGAGAAAUUGGUUGUUAGUGAUACAAUGUCGAAAUUAAGAAAUGAAUUGAAAAUAUUAAAAGAAGAUGCGGCUACAUUUUCUAGUUUACGUGCAAUGUUUGCAGCUCGUUGUGAAGAAUAUGUAACUCAAGUUGAUGAUUUGAAUAGGCAAUUAGAGGCAGCUGAAGAGGAAAAGAAAACACUUAAUCAAUUGCUAAGAUUAGCAGUUCAACAAAAAUUAACGUUAACACAACGGUUAGAAGAAAUUGAAGUUGAUAGAGAAUUACGACAUGCCAGAAGACCAAUGCCGCCUGCUCGUGGCUCUGGUAAUAAACCAACUUUUGGGAGAAUAUCUGGAGGUGGACGAAAUCCAACAAAUAAUUCCAGUUCGAAUUUCUUUUAACAAAAAAUUCGGAAAAAUAACAAUUUUUAUAUAGUAAUAGUGUUAAAGUCUAUCAAGCCUUUCUUUAUAUACACAUUUUUGGGAAAAAAUCUAUUAAUAAAAAAGGCGAAAUUUUUUUAUUUUCUACCUAUAAAAGAUAAAUUUAUGAUAACGUCCAAAAAAAUCAAACAAAUUAAUCUGUCCGUAUUAUAUUAAAAUAUUAAAAAUUAAAAGUUAUGCACGUAAAAUACUACAUAAUUAUUAUUUUUUUUCUUUUGCUAUUAUUAUUUAUAUUAUUUGACAUGUCAAC